AUGGAGCUCAAAGCAUAUACCGUUUAUUUGCUGCAAUUCCUGCUACUCAUAAGUGGCGUGCAACUGCAACAUUAUUACGCGCCACCGCCGUCGGCGCCAAGGCAAUUAUACUACGAAGCACCCCGUCUGCGUCGCUGGGAGCCCUACGCCUUGAGCAACUAUGUGACACCACCUGUGGCACACUAUCAGCAACAAAUGCCCAACUUUCAAGUGCUGGACUACAGGCCACGCUAUCAUCCACUUGCCCUGGACUAUCAGCAGCAGCAGCAGCAGCAGCAACAGGCGCCAGCAAUUUAUUCGCAGCACAGCAUGCAGUAUGCCCAACGUGCAGUAGCGCCAACAGCAGAGCUGGCCAAGUACCGUUACGAGGGCAAUUAUAUACCUGUCCAGCAACGUACUCCACUUCCACAGCGUCGUCUGGAGGAGCAGCAGCAAUAUAAUGUACCACCAGCACUUUUUACCAGCGAUGUGUUGCAUGUGCUGCCUCCCCGAAGUCCUACGGCAAAUGCAGCACCACAGCAAGGGCCACAGGUGGAGCCGCAACUGUUGCAGGCACAGCCGCGACCCCGUCGACAAGCGGGCAAAUUUGAGAAUAAGUCAGGAAAAGCUGCACAAGCAAAGACUCCUGACUUGACAAGCCAGCAGAAGCGGCGUAAUGUGAAGGAAAAGAAAUACUAUCACGAUAUAUUUAUGCGCUUUGAUGGACCCACAGCACGGAGUCAUGGACAUGUCUUGAGUCAGCCCAAGAUACAGGAGCGACGCUUUGAGACGCAACGUGGCACAAAUCGCUACAAGGGCGAGGUGAUUUGGACAGAUCGUCAGGGCGCACAUGGCGAGCAUCGCUGGGACUUGGCGCAGGGCAAACUCUAA